AUGUCGGCAAUGUGUGUGCACAAACACAGGCCGAAGUUAAAGCUGCCGAACAGCAAACAGAGGCUGUGGCAUGAUGUGGACCGGUUCGACGGACAGAGGACGGGUUAUGGCGCGGACACCUGGAGACAUUUCCGCGAGCAGCAGCUUCCCUGCAUAAUUGAUGACUCUCAGCAGAAUGUGGAGGGAGUGUCGGCGAGCGCGAUCCGUGCCAUCGCAAAUGUCAUCCGGGCCUGCAGCCGCAAAACAUGCGCCAUAUGUUGUGGGCAGCGAACUCUGGUCGGGCCCCCAGACGUGUCUCGUAUUGUGGGCGGGCGAGAGGCCCCUGAGGGAGCAUGGCCCUGGCAGGUCAGCCUGCAGAUCCAGUCCAGGCACUACUGUGGUGGGACGGUCCUCAACAGCCUCUGGGUGCUCAGCGCCGCUCACUGUUUCUACAAAUACCUGUGGCUCAGCAAUGACUAUUUCCGUGUGGUGGCUGGACUGACCGUGCUGUCCGACCCCGGACCUCACGCUCAGAUCCGCUCCAUCAGUAAAUUCCUAAUCCACAAGGACUACAAUCCCAUCACGUCUGACAGCGACGUGGCGCUGGUGCUGCUCAGCUCUCCACUCAACUUCACGGACCGCGUCCAGUCGGCCUGCACUCCUCUUACUGUGAGCCACGAGGCCAGCCUGAACAUCACCCACUGCUUCAUCUCUGGGUGGGGGAGCACCUACUACCAAGGAGGGUUGGUGGACAGACUGCAGGAAGCUGAAGUGGAGCUCAUCGACAGAGAUCGGUGUAACCAGCUCACCUGGUACAACGGCAUCAUCACAGAGAACAUGCUCUGCGCGGGACUGGAGAGCGGAGGAGUCGAUUCCUGUCAGGGGGACAGCGGAGGUCCCCUGCAGUGCUACAGCGAGGUCGAGGACCGGUUCUACGUGGUGGGAGUGACGAGCUUCGGAGAGGAGUGCGGACUUCCACUCAAGCCUGGGGUGUAUUCAAAAACCAGCAGGUUCGCAGAGUGGCUGAAGGAAAAGGAGGAGGCUCCAUCUGCAUUAUCCUCUGCUUCACCAAGACUGAACAAAAAACUGAUCCUAGUUCUGCUCACGUAA